AUGGCAGUUGACUUUGGGGACCAAGCCAGUGGGUUCCGUCACGCUGAGGUGAUCAGGUUCAUCAACAACGAAGUCCUCAUGAACGGCGGUGGCCCAGAUUUCUACAUGGCCUUCCGCUCGCGGCCCUGGAAUGAGGUGGAAGACCAGCUUCGAAGUGUCCUGGCCGACCCGCAGGCGCCGCGCACCUACCAGAGAGCCUGUGCCUGGAGCGCGCUGGCCUUGAGCGUGCGCGUGGGCGCAAGGCAACGGGAGCAGCAGGGGCGCCGGAUCCGGAGGUUGCAGGAACAGAUAGAAGAGAGAGAGACCGCCGCCUGGGCCUUGGCCUCCGAGCUACAGCGGAUGCAAGGGGAGCGCAAGGAGGUGGCAGCACAGUUGCGCUUCACACGCAUCACCCUGCAACAGGCACUCAUGGACUGUGAUGUGCUUCGCGGGCGGCUGCUCCAGGUGGAGAGGUCAGCCCAGUUCAUCCCAUUGGCCCAUGAAAUAGUAACUGGACCUCAAGCCGAGCAGCUUGGUGCUAUGGCAUGGCCCCUGAAUGCAGAGCCACAGAGAGAUAUGGUUGCCAUGGGAUUGCCUGGUAGACGAUAUUUUGAGGCCCAGGUACCAGCCCCAGCUGUUCUUUACAUGCCAGGACCCCCAAGUCCCUGGGCUCAGACCAUACAACCCCCUCUGCCAAUGCCGGUGCCAUACCCAAUCCCAUUCCAUGCACCACACCCAGUGGGGGUCCCUUUCUUGCCACCUCUGCCAUCAACAGUAGCCAUGGAUGCAGAAGCUACAGUAGUCCCACUUCAGAUGCCUCCUCUGGGGAUCUACCCACCUGUUCCGUGUGCUACAGUGGGUUUCCAGGAGGAAGUGGCCCCGCUGUGGAACCAAAGAAGUUACAGCCAGGAGGGAGGUCCUCCGAUCCUCCAGAGUACAGUCCCCCUGGGGGACAUCGGAAACCUUAGCCAGGAAGGUCUAGAGAGGCCUCAGGGGACGGUUCCCCUUGGGGAUAGCUGGACCCACAGCCAUGAAGGAGAUCCACAGAGGCACCAGAGGGAGGUACCACUCAGAGAUAGCUGGACCCAGAGUCAGGAAGAAGGUCAAGAGAAUCCCCAGUGGGUCAUCCGCCUUGAAAAUAGCUGGAACCUCGACCAAAAAGAAGGUUCAGAGAGAUCCCAGGAGGUGGUUACCCUUGGUCCCACCCUGGAAGAAGAUCAGGAGAGUCCCCAGGAGAUGGUACACCUAGGGGCCAGUGGGAGCCACAGGCAGGAAGAAAGUCCAAAAAGACCCCAAGGUAUGGCCCCCUUUGAUGCCAGCAGGAGCAGCAGCCAGGAAAAAGAUCCAGAGAGGGCCCAGGAAAUGGUACUCCUGGGGGCCAGUGGGGGCCCCAGGCAGAAAGAAAGUCGAAAAAGAUCCCAAAGGAUGGCCCCCCUCGAUGCCAGCAGGAGAAACAGCCAGGGAGAAGAUCUAGAGGGGCCCAAGGAAAUGGUACCCCUGGCAGCCAGUGGGAGCCCCAGCAAAGGAGGUCCAGAAACACCCCAAGGCAUGGCCCCUUUAGGGGACAACAGUAGCCAAAGCCAGGAGGAAGAUCUAGAGAGGCCCCAGGGGACAGGUCCCCUGGGGGACAGCAGAAGUGAGAGCCAAGUAAAAGGUCAAAAGAGGCCCCAGGUGAUGCCCUUCCUGGAGUUUGGCAGGAGCCACAGCCAGGAAGGUCUACAGAAGCCCCAGAGGAUGCUCUACCUGGCAUUUGGCAGGAGCCACAGCCAAGGUCCAAAGAGGUCCCAGGUGACCCCCAUGUGGGACAGCAGGAGCCAAAGUAUGAGGGAAAAUCAAAAGAAAAAGCAGCCUCAGGGGCAGAAGGCCAAGCAACCAAAAGGGAAAAAAACAUGGGAUUCCCAGCACCAGAAGCCUGCCUCAGGAUGCAGUCCAGUGAAUUGGGACUGCCCAUGGUGUAAAGCCAUGAAUUUUCCAUGGCGUAAGGCCUGCUAUAAAUGUAAGAAAGUCUGUGAGGCAGGUGGGAGUAGAGGCCCGGACCCAGGACAGACUCACUGA